AUGUCUGAGAAAGAACCAAUAACCAUUGAGCAAGUCCACACAUCACCUGACCGGCAAUCAGACAACAUUGAGAUCUCAUCAAGCCAAACAAGCAGUGACAACAACAACAUCAACAACAACAACAAUAACAAUGAUCCCCAAAAACACUAUGUCUACCAUGAAGAAGAAAGACGACACAGACUUGAUGGCGGAGUUAAGAUCCGUGACGCAUUAAUGAUUCUUUGUGCAGGGUUUGCUCUCAUAUCAGAUGGUUACCAAAACAAUGUCAUGUCCAUGCUUAACAAGGUAUUUGCCAUUGAAUACCCCAAAGUCUAUGACUCCAACAUGUCAACCCAGGUCUCUAAUGCUUCCUUGGUAGGAACAAUUUUGGGACAGUUUGUUAUUGGUAUUUGUGCCGACUUGAUCAGCAGAAAAUGGGCUAUUGUCAUUGCAACAUGCUUCUUGAUCUUUGGCUCAAUGAUGUGUGCUGCUUCACACGGUAAAACCGUAACCGGAAUGUUUUGGAUGAUGACCAUAUUCCGUGGUGUUACCGGGUUUGGUAUUGGCGCAGAGUACCCUUCAAGCUCAGUUGCCGCAUCAGAAGCAGCAAAUGAAAGUGUUAAAAAAAGAGGUAUGGCUUUCAUUCUCGCAACAAACUUACCCUUAUCAUUUGGUGGACCAUUCGCCUCCAUCAUUUUUCUUAUUGUCAACAAGAUCACUGGAAAACACUAUGAUGGUUUAUGGAGAACAAUGUUUGCCAUUGGAUGUUUUUGGCCAUUGUCUGUGUUUUAUUUCCGUAUGAAGAUGGCAACCUCAGUACUUUUCAAAAAAUCAGCAAUUAGAGUCCACCCACCCUACUGGCUUGCAUUGAAAUACUAUGGGUUUAGACUAUUUGGAACUUGUGUCACUUGGUUUCUUUACGACUUUGUCACAUUCCCCAAUGGUAUUUUUUCAGCAACCAUUAUCUCUAAUGUGAUUUCAGAUAAUAUGGAUUUGGAAAAAAUCGCUGAAUGGAACUUGUUGCUUGGAGCAAUUGCCUUACCGGGUGUCUUUGUUGGUGCGUACCUCGUCGACAUUAUUGGUAAGAAAUAUACAAUGUUGAUUGGAUUCAUUGGAUACAUCAUCUUUGGUCUUAUUGUUGGUAUUGCGUACUAUAGAGUCAAAAAAAUCACGGCAUUAUUUAUUGUGCUUUUUGGAUUGAUGCAAAGUUGCGGUAAUGCAGGUAUGGGAAAUGUCUUGGGCUUGGUUUCAAGUGAAAGUUUUGCUACACCUGUGAGAGGUACAUUUUACGGUAUUAGUGCUUUAGUUGGUAAGAUUGGUGCUGUUGCAGGAACAAAAGCUUUUCAAAGAGUAUUGACCAUUGGUGGUACAAAGGAAAGUGGUCAGAGAUAUACGUUUAUUAUUGCCGCAUGCUGUGGUCUUGUUGGAGUGAUCAUUACUGCUAUUUUCAUCCCACACUUAAAAGUAGACGACUUGUUGGAGGAAGAUAUUAAGUUCAAGAAUUACUUGAGAGAUCAAGGCUACGAAGGUCAUAUUGGAUUGGUGGAGGAAGGCAAAGAAGAAGACUUGGAGUCUGACGAGACUGGUACUGACGGCGGCAGUGAUGUUGAACUUCAAGAACAACAUUAUAGAGAAGGCAAAUCGUCGACCUAA